UAUAAAUCUUAUGAUAUUCUCGAUUUCCGUCCAAAUUUUUAUUUAUUGGUAUCCUUAUAUUUUCGGAAAUAGUAUUUAUUUUUAUUCCUCAGCAUUUUUUUCUAAUUCGACAAUUAAGAUAGUUAAGAUUAGGGUUUCAUCCAUCCGGAAUGAGGUGAAUAUUUUUUCUCCUUCCUUUCACAAGAUCAAAAUGGUAAAUUUUUCCUUAGCAUUCGAUGUAUGUUGA